AUGAGUGAAGAGCUUGGCCGAACUAUUACCUCUCAGGCAGCAAGAAAUUUUACAAGGAAGGUGCAAGGCGGAAGCACGGCGCAAUCUCGUUUGAAGUUGCUGCUUGAUUCUCUUCCAGCAGAAGAGGACUGCGAAGCUAUGGUCAUCCACGACCAAAUGGGUGUCAGGUGUACCAUAGUCGUCCAGAACGCAACGCAGAAGCUGGCCUUCAAGAACUGGGACGAGACACCUGCCAUGGACUGGACUCACGGGACAAAUAACGUCGGGUACCAUCUCGGUAAUUAUUCAUUCAUUUCGGCAACGUUCUAA